GGCCGGCAGGGAGAUAAGGGGCUGAGAGAGGCAAACGUUCCCGCCCGGAGCCAAGUUCCCCGCUGCUCUCGGGGGCCACCUCGUUUUUCUUCCCCCACUGGCCGCGACUCGGAGGGUUCCGUUCCGCGGCGGGGGCGCGGCCGGGGACUGGGCUGUGAGUCUGCUGCGGCAGGCGGGUCGUGUAGAGUUCGCGGCCGGCCCCGAGGCCGUCUCACGACAGCCCGAAGACAAAAAAGGCUCGGCGGGGGCAUCGUCGCCCCACGCCCGGAACCCAGUUCCCCACUUCUCCCGCGGGGCCGCGAGAGACUCGCGAGCGUCGGAAGCGCUACGGACCUGGUCAAGGCGGGGCAGCCGUAGCGCCAGCCCCUUUCUCCUCCUCCGCGCCUUUCAGCAUAAGAAACUCUAGUUGGCUUGCUUUCCAAUCAUAGUUUGGUUCUAUCGUUUAAAAAAGUCCCUACCUCGUAACGCCGGGCUCCAUCUCGAGAACUGACCGAGGCUGUGAGUGCUUGGGAACCGGGCCCGCUCGGCGGCCGCAGCCCAGGCGUCCCACCGCCUUGUAGCAGGUCGGACGCCGAGGCCCCGGAGCAACGCGGAGAUGAGGAGCAGGAGCAAUUCCGGGGUCCGCUUAGACGGAUACGCGCGGCUGGUGCAGCAGACAAUCCUGUGUUACCAGAAUCCCGUCACGGGGCUGCUGUCAGCCAGUCACGAGCAGAAGGACGCCUGGGUGCGGGAUAACAUCUACAGCAUCCUGGCUGUGUGGGGCCUGGGCAUGGCCUACCGCAAGAAUGCUGACCGCGAUGAGGACAAAGCCAAGGCCUACGAGUUGGAGCAGAACGUGGUGAAACUGAUGCGGGGUCUUCUCCAGUGCAUGAUGAGACAGGUGAAUAAAGUGGAGAGGUUCAAGCACACUCAGAGUACCAAGGACAGCCUGCAUGCCAAGUACGACACCGCCACCUGCAGCACCGUCGUGGGCGACGACCAGUGGGGCCACCUCCAGGUGGAUGCCACCUCCCUCUUUCUCCUGUUUCUGGCCCAGAUGACUGCCUCCGGCUUACGUAUUAUUUUCACUCUUGACGAGGUGGCCUUCAUACAGAAUCUUGUUUUUUAUAUAGAAGCUGCAUAUAAAGUCGCUGAUUAUGGAAUGUGGGAACGUGGAGAUAAGACCAAUCAGGGCAUUCCAGAACUGAAUGCAAGCUCUGUAGGAAUGGCCAAGGCAGCCCUAGAGGCAAUUGACGAACUGGACCUUUUUGGAGCCCAUGGAGGUCGCAAGUCCGUGAUCCACGUUCUGCCCGAUGAGGUCGAACACUGCCAGUCUAUUCUGUUCUCCAUGCUGCCAAGAGCAUCGACAUCUAAAGAGAUUGAUGCUGGACUUCUUUCCAUUAUUUCUUUCCCGGCCUUUGCAGUGGAAGAUGUGAACCUUGUGAAUGUGACCAAAAAUGAAAUUAUUUCCAAGCUCCAGGGGCGUUAUGGAUGCUGUCGCUUCCUUCGAGAUGGUUAUAAAACCCCAAGAGAGGACCCAAACCGAUUGCAUUAUGACCCUGCUGAACUCAAGCUCUUUGAAAACAUUGAAUGUGAAUGGCCUGUGUUCUGGACUUAUUUCAUAAUAGAUGGGGUCUUCAACGGUGAUGCUGUUCAGGUCCAAGAAUACCGAGAGGCCCUGGAGGGAAUAUUAAUCAGAGGCAAGAACGGGAUCCACCUGAUGCCUGAACUCUACGCCGUGCCGCCUAACAAGGUAGAUGAAGAGUAUAAGAAUCCUCACACGGUGGACAGAGUUCCUCUGGGGAAGCUGCCCCAUCUGUGGGGUCAGUCCUUGUACAUCCUCAGCUCCCUGUUGGCAGAGGGAUUCCUUGCCACUGGUGAAAUUGAUCCCUUAAAUAGAAGAUUUUCCACUUCCGUCAAACCUGAUGUCGUAGUACAAGUGACUGUUCUGGCAGAAAACAAGCACAUUAAGGAGUUGCUGAGGAAACAUGGGGUGAGCUUGCAGAGUAUUGCCGACAUUCAUCCAAUCCGAGUCCAGCCAGGCCGGAUUCUUAGUCACAUAUAUGCCAAGCUUGGACGGAAUAAGAAUAUGAAAUUGAGUGGGCGACCAUAUCGGCACAUCGGAGUCCUUGGAACAUCUAAACUAUAUGUGAUUAGGAACCAAAUCUUUACUUUCACACCCCAGUUCACUGACCAGCAUCACUUCUACCUGGCCCUGGACAAUGAGAUGAUUGUGGAGAUGCUGAGGAUCGAGCUAGCCUACCUGUGCACCUGCUGGCGGAUGACGGGCAGACCCACGCUCACCUUCCCCAUCACCCAUACCAUGCUCACAAACGAUGGCUCAGAUAUUCAUUCUGCUGUUCUUUCUACAAUUCGAAAACUAGAGGAUGGAUAUUUUGGAGGAGCUAGAGUAAAAUUAGGGAGUCUUUCGGAAUUUCUCACCACCUCUUUCUACACGUAUCUGACCUUCCUGGAUCCAGACUGUGAUGAGAAGUUGUUUGACGAUACCAGUGAAGGGAGCUUCAGUCCUGAUAGUGAUUCAGAUUUGGGAGGAUAUUUCGAAGACAACUAUAAUCAAGAAAGCCAGGAUGAACUUGACCAGUAUAUCAACCACCUCCUGCAAAGCACAUCCUCGAAGUGCUAUCUGCCACCUCUUUGUAAGAAGACAGAGGACAGCCAUGUUUUCAGUGCCAUCUACUCCACUCGGGAUAUACUUUCCGUGAUGGCAAAAGCAAAGGGUUUGGAAAUUCCAUUUGUUCCCAUGGCUUUGCCAACUAAAGUCCUAAGUGCCCACCGUAAAUCGCUGAAUCUUGUUGAUUGUCCUCAGCCACUCCUAAAAAAGGCCCCCGAAGAUGACUUCCAGUUUCCCAGAGAUGACCACGGCAACAUAGACUGUGAGAAGCUGGCUGAGCAGCUGAAAGACUGUUCGAACCUACAGGACCAAGCGGACAUUCUGUACAUUCUGUAUGUAAUAAAACAGAAGACGACGCAGCCCUCUCGGGGUCCCAGCUGGGACACAAAUCUCUCUGGACAGCACGGGGUCACUGUUCACAACCUCCUCAGUGAGCUCUAUGGAAAAGCCGGCUUGAACCAGGAGUGGGGUCUGAUCCGCUACAUCUCUGGCCUACUCAAGAAGAAAGUGGAAGUCCUGGCUGAGGCCUGCACGGACCUGCUGUCGCACCAGAAGCAGCUCACGGUGGGCCUGCCGCCAGAACCCCGGGAGAAGACCAUCUCUGCACACUGUCACUCGAGCACUUCCAGCAGGAAAAUGAGGAUAUUCCAUAGAGGACUAGGAGGCAUCUUUCGUGGUGUUUGUGUCCUGACGCUCCUUCCUAGGCCUCUUCCCCCCGAGGAGCUCACAGAACUCAUCUAUGAAGCCAGCGGGCAGGACAUCAGCAUCGCCGUGCUCACACAGGAGAUUGUGGUUUACCUGGCGAUGUAUGUCAGGGCACAGCCCAGCCUCUUCGUGGAGAUGCUCAGACUCCGGAUUGGACUUAUCAUUCAGGUGAUGGCCACGGAGCUGGCGCGGAGCCUGAACUGUUCAGGAGAAGAAGCUUCUGAAAGUUUGAUGAACCUCAGCCCUUUCGAUAUGAAAAAUCUCCUACACCAUAUUUUAAGUGGAAAGGAGUUUGGUGUUGAAAGAAGCGUGCGGCCUAUCCAUUCCUCCACAUCCAGCCCUGCCAUCUCCAUCCAUGAGGUGGGACAUACUGGAGUCACCAAAACCGAGAGGAGUGGCAUCAACAGGCUGAGGAGUGAGAUGAAACAGAUGACUAGGCGAUUUAGUGCUGAUGAACAGCUCUUUUCUGUGAGCCAGGCCCCAUCCGGCAGCGCACACUCCUCCAAGUCUGUGAGGUCCAGCACCCCAUCCUCACCCACGGGCACGUCAUCGUCAGACUCAGGUGGGCAUCACAUCGGCUGGGGGGAGCAGCAGGGCCAGUGGCUGCGCAGGAGAAGGCUGGACGGGGCCAUCAACAGAGUCCCCGUGGGAUUUUACCAGAAGGUGUGGCAGAUCCUUCAGAAGUGUCACGGUCUGUCCAUCGACGGUUAUGUGCUCCCAUCCUCGACGACGCGAGAGAUGACCCCACAGGAGAUCAAGUUUGCUGUCCACGUUGAGUCGGUGCUGAACCGAGUGCCGCAGCCUGAGUACCGGCAGCUGCUGGUGGAGGCCAUCAUGGUGCUGACGCUGCUCUCGGACACGGAGAUGAACAGCAUUGGGGGCAUCAUCCAUGUGGACCAGAUCGUGCACACGGCCAACCAGCUGUUCCUUCAGGACCAGAUGUCGAUCGGUGCCACGGACACGCUGGAGAAGGACCAAGCCACGGGCAUUUGCCACUUCUUUUACGACAGUGCUCCCAGCGGGGCUUAUGGGACAAUGACCUACCUAACGAAGGCGGUGGCUUCUCACCUGCAGGAAUUGCUGCCCAAUUCAGGCUGCCACAUGCAGUAGGGCCUCGGCGCUCUGAGCCCAAGAUCCCCUGUGCUGUCACAAAAGCAUUUCCCAUCAGCAGCCCUGGCAGGGAGGAGGUGGCAGUAACACACCUGAAAGCAGUAUACGUCCAAGCCGCAGAAUCCUGUGCCCGCCCCCGAGGAGCGCCCUGGGAUCAUCUUCUUACAUUCAUUUUGCUGGGAAGUUUGUCACAGCAUCUGGUCUCCUGGAGUCUGAGGAGGUAUCGGAAGUUGGUCUCCUCUUGUGAGUGCAGAGUGAAGUGAGAAGGCAGCUUAAACUGGCUUUUGCAGAGUUGCCGAACAGGCUCAAUGAGCUAGUGAUACAUCUUCCAGAUGAAAAGAUCCUUCCAGCAGCUGCGGACCUUGACCAGGGGCACAUCUUAACGGUACAGUCUGUCUGUGGGUCAAAAUGUGUAGCAAAUAGAACAACUCAUUGUGCAGAGGUUUGGUUGUCUCGUGCCUUGCUUUCCUCCUUGGCUUGUUGCUGUCUUACUGGCAGCUACCUUUGCGUGACGGUUCUCCUUCACCAACAUUUAGAAAAUUGCUCCCACUUGACUUUGGCUCAUGGUCUUCAAGGAUUUUAUCUUGGCCACCCGUGAGUUAGGGAUUUCUCCUGCCUUAUGAAAAUAUCCCACAUCAUCUUCCAGAAUCUAACCAAAAAGAAGCAAGGCAGAGGAGAAGCCAACCCUUCUUCUAGCUGGGCCAACUGUUGUUUUGGGGCUGGCAUGGGCAGGGAGUCCCUCUGGAAGGCCUGUGCCCCCGCCCCCGUCGUGGGGUGGCGGCCGGCAGGGAGCGGCACGCCCACCGUGUUCUGGGGGAGCCACGUGCUGAGUCUGCAGCACCAGACGCCACAGAAGUGCGUGCCGUGCUCCCUCUUCAAUGCUUCCCUCUGCGGCAGGGCCAGGCUGGGGCCUCAAGCCCUUCUCACAGCAGCACUUUUGCCUUAAGGCUCUCAGGUGGGGUGUAGCUGGAGGCCUUGCUUGCAGAGGCGUGAGGACAAGUCCUGAUGGGGCAGGGCCUCGCCAGUCUUUCCUUGCCAAGGUCCUGAUGGAUGGAGUUUCUCUCCAGGUGUCUUACGGGGAUGGGGGGUGGGCAUGACACACAACAGGGAAAACCGUUUCUGUGGAUAAUGGACUCUGAAGGACAGUCACCUGGUGGCCUCGUGGUGCGCUCUGGCUGGUUGAGGGUGACGGCUUAGAUUGGUGAUGACUCUGCCUCUGAAAUGGAAACUUGGCCAUUGGAUCUUUGCGUGGAAGUUUGCGUGAAGGUGGAGAAAGCCGAUGCUCAGGCUGCUUUGAGAGGACAGCAAGGUGCCCAGUGCCCCCCAGAGUCAGGAUGCGGCACUGACCAGUAUUCUUGAAGCAGAGGAAAGGCAGGGAGGGUUCCUGCUAAAGAGCCUCGCUUCAGUCCAAGCCAAACACAUUGUAGUUGCCCCUGGGGGAGAGAGUCUGGAACACGAGUCUUGGCUCACUUACCCGCUCGGUGGUGCACAGGCGCUGUCUACACGGGACAUCAGUGCCUUGGCUUCAUAUUUGUUUGAAACCAUAAUAUUUUCCUUGCUGAGGUACAGAGUAGUUACAUAAAGAAAAGUGCCCAGGGGCUUCCCUGGUGGCGCAGUGGUUGAGAGUCCGCCUGCCGAUGCAGGGGACACGGGUUUGUGCCCCGGUCCGGGAAGAUCCCACGUGCCGCGGAGCGGCUGGGCCCGUGAGCCAUGGCCGCUGAGCCUGCGGGUCCGGAGCCGGUGCUCCGCAACGGGAGAGGCCACAGCAGUGAGAGGCCCGUGUACCGCUAAAGAAAAAAAAAAGAACAGUGCCCAAAAUCUCUCUCAAUUUCUGCUCCAGUGGACUCCCACAUCCCCUCCCCUUCCUAUUACUGUCGGUAUGUCAAACCUUUCUCCUCAGAUUACUAGAUGGUUCCUUCUGUCAUUCAUCGGCACGUGUGAGAUGCUCUGUCUGUGACUCGGUGCUCAAGGCCCUCAGCCUGCGCAGGAAAGCCAGUGUGAACAGAUGACCAGGCUUUAGCGUGGUGGGGGGGGUGUGAGGGAGCUGGACGAGGGCUGGGCUGGGAAGGUAGGGACGGCCCAGAGCCCUGCCAUCAGCAUGGCAGAUCCCGGAGACAGUGUGGGUGGCCUGGCGCCGUGCCCCGAGCCCCCCGCAGUGCCCGGAGCCUUCCUGUUUGUGCCUCGUCUUCCCUUGGAAGCCAGUUUGCUCUCAUUUGCCUCGGCGGGUCCAGGGGGGUCACAGCCACCCACGUUUCAUAGUCGCGUUUUCAUGGCCUUUAUUUCUGGUGUCUUUAAGACAUGCUUGACAUAAACAAGACUCAUGUCAUUCACCAGAUAGACUCCCUGGUGGAUCAUUUCAAACACAGAUAAUGUAAGAAAGGUACAAGCCGCUAAAGGCCCGGUUGCUUCUUGGGCAAAGGCUCGAGAAGAGUUACAGCCCUCCAGAAUGAGCCAGGUGCUAAUUUAGAACGAUCACCUGCCUGUGGAUGACGCGCAAAGUCGCAGAUGCUGUGUUUGGGCUCACCAACCGAGACGCGGGCGGCCAGGAGAAGAGCCAUAAUAAGCAAUUCAACUGAGCCUUCGAUUCACUCUUUUGAAACCUCUUUGAAAUGAAAUCCUGAAAUAGUACCACAUUUCCACAGGCACCAAGCUGUCAGCUUCAAAGAAGAACAGCCUUCUGAGGCUUGAUCCCUUUCACGAGCAGCUGAGGCCUACACCACCAAGAAGAGGAACAGAUGUUCGAGGGGGAUGGGAGAGGCGUGUCCGGCCACCAUCCUGGCCUCUGCGGAUGGGCCCAGGUUUCCAUACCAGGAGCCCCUGGCACCUUGGGGCUGGGCAGCAACGAAGACCCCACAGAGCCAAAAAUAAUAAAUAAAUACAUGCAUACAUUUUAUAGGAAAAAAGAAGAACUUGAAUGUUAUAGAAAGCAGUUCUGGAUUUUGCAGGGCCUUGGGGUUAAAAUACUGAUGAUGAUUGUAUGGCAGAUGUGCAGAAAUAAGAGAGCUCUGUUUAAGAGGGUGCCGGGCCACAGAGCAUUUUCAUUUCAUUUCUUGGUAAACCCUUUUCUGCAGCUAAGGAGUAACAAAACUAAUCAACUUGAAUUCCAGUCACAGGAAGCCAGAUAUGCCCAGUAGCAACCCAGGCUGGGCUGGGGGAGCCGGGAGGCUGUCCGGUCAAGCCAGCAUCUCCCCAGUGGACAUCAGUCCGGAGGUCAGAGCCUCUGCAACUCCCCUGAGGUGCGGCGAAUAAAAGGAGAGAUCGUUACGCAAUAGCUGCCUGGAUAGAGAGGAUAUAAAUGCUCCUUAUGUAAAAAAAGAAAGAAAAAAGACCAGAAGAUCAGGAGGCAAGAGAAACAAGUUCGUCAGUUGAUGGAUGCCAUUUAUUUCUGGACAAGAAGACAGGUGGCUCGGCCUCCCUUGAUGUAAAUUACAGCAGAGCAUCUCUCAGUUCUGUUGACUUGCGCGGGAGUCUGGCAAAUCGCUUUUGUCUUCCCUGCUUCCUUGUCAAAAGGUACAAAAGCCUCCCACCCCC